AUGAAAAUCCAUACCACGCCAGAUUCGUGGGGUGAUGCCUUUGAAGGCAUCACCCCACGAAACUGGGGUGGUACGGGUUUCAGCCGGGUAAUGCCUAUACGAAGUCGUGGAUUGUGGUUUAUUCCUAAGAAAUUCAAACCACUCGAUAGAGAAGCACGUGCGUUCGUCAAACUGCGCUACAAGGACAUCGCAAAAUAUAUAAUUUGGCCGGAGUGUCGACUGGAAGAUGGAUUGUGCAGCAAAGUCAAUGUAGUAGUUCGCGAGCAUCUAUCUAAACGAGCACCACCAAGCCCCGAUCCACGAACAGUAAUAAACGAAGCUGUGAUGGAAGAUCAUCGUUCACCUUAUCUUCCUUGUACAAUAAAUAAUGACUCGAUUAUAACAGAUGACAAGCCUUCUACUCGGCAAGUGGAGUUGAGUCCCAACCUAGUCGGGGAGGUGAUAAAAGAAGACUUUAAAGAGAGAAGAGCAGAAGUAUUGGCUGAAGCUGCAGAGGCGGGACAGAGUGUUCGUUACGCCCGUCGGAACUUUGCCAAUCCUAAAACAAUAAUGACUGCUCACCGAAUCCCAGAUAUAACAACUACAGCAUCGAGAAGAGGGAUGGAAAAGGUCAUUCACAACUUCUACUCAGAUCUCUUCGACAGCCACAUCCACUUGCCUCCUCACCAUCUGAGGGAAUAUGGAUAUGUCAUUCCAAGGGUCCUCCCUUCCGAAGUCCAACAUGCCAUCAUGUUGGUGAAGAAUCGUGCCUCACUCGAUCCCGACAGAAUCAACCCUGAACAUCUGAAUUACCUACCGCCAGUCAUCAUCAGCACACUGGCGAGGCUCUUCACUCGUUAUCUGUCGGAAUGCAAGGUUCCUAAGCAAUGA